CGUCGCUCACAUACCUUAACCUCUGUUCAACGAACCUGGCAGGCACUAUCCCAACCACCAUCACCAAACUGAGAAACUUAUCCCACCUUGACCUUCAUAUUCCAACACUCUCUGGCUCUAUCCCUGCUACCAUGGGCUCCAUGCUCAAUCUGCAGACUCUCUACGUGCACCUCACUGCGACGCCGUGCGGUGCUGGGCGGUGCGAGGUGGUGCAGUACUCAGGCACAGCCUUCUGCCGCGCCUGCUCGAACUUCUGCAACACGUGCACCAAGGUAGCACGCGCCCCUCCAGAGUGCAAGAAGAAGCGCCGUCUGUGCUCGAGCAACUCCUGCCCUGGGCGCAUCUGCAUUCCGUUCAUUCGCAGCUGCAAGGGCUACAAGUGCAUCUGACUCGCUGGCAAGGGGCCAGCUAGAGUGGCGAGGGCUACUGGUGCACAGACAUGAUAACUGUACGUGAUUCCAUAAUAAGGUGUCACAUAACUGGGACGAGGGAGUGUUCCCAUGUUCGGGUGAGGCGGUUGUGGGAACCAGUUCAUUGCAGCAGAAGCUGAGGAGGCGGUGAGGGCGAAAUGAUGGAUGGCGAGAGGGUUGUGUUGGCGCCAGGUGGCAAGACAUUUUGUGUACAGCGCUUUGUUUUGCUGGACUGCGUGGUGGGCUGAGUAGCGACUUGUAGAAUGUAAUUCAGCUAUGGUUUGGUUGUCCGAUGUGUGCAUGCUUGCUGUGUAGUGUUGCGGUGUAUCUGCAUAUAUAUACAUUCCUGCUAGUUUUGCAGUUAGCGUAGUUCGCGUGAACUGUGAAUAUCAGAAAGAUGCCGCCAGUU